AUGAGUGAAAUAGACUAUAACCUUCUUUCAAAAUUAAUUGAUUUUUUAGUGCCAUUCAAAAAUGCAUCAACCCAGCUUGAAGGAACUUCGUAUCCAACAAUUAAUUUGGUUAUGUUACACAAAGCAAAACUAUUAAAGCAUCUUUUGUCAUAUAAACAUAAUAGACGUGACGAUAAUAUACAAAUCAUGUUUUCUCAAUUAGCUUCUCGUUCUUUACAUGCAGUUCAAGAAAAAUUCAAACUCGAUAAGUACCAUGAAAUAGCUCUAUUCUUAUGGCCUCCAUAUAAAAAAUUAAAAAUGGUAGACUCGCAAACUGAAAGAGACCGAAUAAUUGAAAAUGUUAAAGUUCAACUUCAUAACAUUCAAGAACAAAUGCCGAAUAAUCCACCAGAAAAUACAUCACAAACAGGAAAUCUCAAUUAUUCAAACGAAGACAUGUUCUCAGAGUGGGCAGAUAUUGAUAAAGGAUCAAGUACCAGAACCAGAUAUACAUGUGAAGAUGAAUUAUCCAUGUACCAAUUGGAACAUUAUGAACCGAAUCAAAAUGUAUUGCAAUGGUGGAAAGAACGACAAAUAAAAAUGCCUAUGAUGGUAAAAUUGGCAAUGAGGAUAUUUGCCAUACCUGCUACAAGUGCCGGAAGUGAACGUGCCUUUAGUACUUCCGGACGAUCAUACUCGUUAGUCGUUACUCACACAGACAUUGUAGAGACGAAUCAGUGUAAAUAA